AUAUGCAUAUUUGUUUUUAGAAAAAUUCAAAGGACUCGAUGCACCUUCCAUUCCGCAUGUGCCUAAAUUGGAAAUACAAAAAGAUACCACAAAUGAUGUUGUUGACAUACCAAAAAUAAAAAAAUUUGAUUCUCUAGAACGUUUGCCAGAUAUUGCAACGGUAGAGCAAAAGCCUCCAUGCUGUGAUCCGACUACAUCGAAUGAAAUUAAUAGAUGUAAUGAGGAAGCAAACUCUGCUGCGUCAGAAACGGCAGCAUUUGCAACACUAACACCGAACUCAAAACACAAGAAGAGCAAAAAGAAAAAUAUAACUACGGGUCAGAAGACAAAUGAUUUAAGUGCUGUCAAAGCUGUGGAUAAGGCUCGGCGAAAAGCUUUGAAAAUUUAUCAAAAGUUGUCAAAGAAUCAAAUUGAAAGUGGAAGCAGCUGUAGCGGCAGCAAUGGGAUCGACCUGAAAAAAAUGAAAAUAUUAAAUCGUGGCAUAUUAUCCGAUUUGCCAGAUGGUUCAACAGAGCGAACACAAUUUGAGAAAUUGAUAAAAAAACAAACAAAACUAAAACAAAAGCAACUAAAAUACCAAAAGCAACAGCAACUUCAGCUGCAGCAGCAGCCGCCAGGUCAAUUUCAGUCAGCUUCCAAGUUCAGUAUAGGUACAAUCAACACUAUGCCAGUGAAUCCAUUCAGUAGCGCAAAUCCCGUACCACUUGAGCAGCCCGUGAAUGAAGUUGGACUUGUUCCUCCUGCUGUCAUACAGAUUGAAGACAAAGAAGCAUACAACAUAGCCCCAGCGCCCAACAUAGCAAUUGAAUUGAUUGACGAAAUAAAACUAGCUAACGAACCAGAUCGAAAUAAAUUGAAUAUUUUUAAGAAAAUCUCCAAGCAAAAGGUUAGCAAAUUGAAUGUUUCUUCGAGCCCAUAUGAAAAUGCCAACAAUGUAGCAUCGCCGUUAAUCAAUUUGCCAUCUGGUACAACUAUAACACCAGCACCGCCAGCCCCAAGUGCUAAUGAGAAUAUAACUAAUACCAAUUUAAAUUUGUCCUUGGGUAAUUUGGCAACAUACGAUUAUUUAAACACUUAUCCGCAAUCGCCUUCAUCUGCAACCAAUUUACUGAAUAAUGAUUUGAAUAAACCAAAAAAACGUGGCCGUAAACCAGGUGGCAAAAAUCAAUGCAGGCCUCAAGCAUCCUCAUUAACUAACAUAUUGCCCAUACCUUCGUCCAUACAAAUACAAAAGAAAACAAAAGCUACAAAGCUGAAUCCAGUUUGUACAUAUCAAGACAGUACUACAGUGAUGCCAACUUUACCCACUACUGUCCCCAUACCCUUAACAUUUGCUAUGCCUGUGAUGGAGCCCCUGAAUCUAAGUCAUGUCGAUCAAUUGAAAAGUAAUAUCAGUCUAAAUUUUUCGGACAAUCAGGGUGAAAAGAAGGUCGAAAAACCAAAAGAAAAAAAGGAGAAAAAAAAAUCGAAAAUAAAAUAUCAGGACAGCAAUAUUGACAAUGCGCGAGAAAUGGAUAAAAAGAUUUGUUUAAUGGAUUCAGAGAUGAAAAUGUCGAAGGCUUCAACGCUUGUCAUAGGGGCUGACUCGGAUACAAAACUAGUUGGAAGUCUUGGCUUUGAAACUGGCUCUGGACCAAGGACAAUCUCAAACAAUGAACGAAAUAUAAUGCCGAUGCUGCCCUUAUUGCACUUUCCUCCACGACCUGGCCUAAUACCAACGGGUCCAGGUUUAUUUUCGCCGAAUUUAACUGGUUUUAACAAGUCGGUUGUCUGCGGCACGGCCUCCAAUUUAAUUAUGUCACAUUCGUUUAUGAACUUCUCAGCUACAGCUCCGGAUAAUAAAGCAGCAGCUCUGAGUGGGCUCAUGCCGCUGUCAGACAUUCAUAUGGAACGCAGCUAUUGCAAUGUUGCGCCGCUGGUGCCAGACUCUAUGAAAAUUCCAACUGGACCAGUUGAAGGCGUUAAACUAAAGUCACCCCAUCAAAUGCUAACUAACGAGUGCGCUGAUGCAGAAGUAACUCAUAGAUCAACUGUCGUUCAGGCUGUCAACGAAGACUUCACUAACACUAGAAAGGCACAAGUCAAAUUAUUGCCAGCUGCAACAGGCAACGUCGGUGAUCCCAUUGAGGUGUCCGACUCGGACUCAAACGACGGCGAAUCCAAGGCAAAUAACAGUCUAUCACCUAGUCAAAAAACAAACUUAAAGCAACCGUCGAGUCUUAUGAAUCCAGUUAUUGAAACCUGUCAACUAUAUGCGAUCAAUUCCAGUCCCUUGCUACAACCAAAAUGCAAUAGGAAACCUCAUUCGGGAACUUUAAAAAUACGUCAAACUGAUGAGAACAAAUUGCCUGUUGCGCCACCGUCAUCACAACCAACGACAGCAACAACCACAACGACAACAGCAGCAGCAACAAAACAAGCAACGACAACACCAUUCAAGAUCCACUUCAUGGGUAGCGAUAAAUUUAGUCUUGCUGGUGGCGCAGAUCUAAUACCCCUGUCUCGGAUUGACAGUGGUUUGGCAUAUUCGUCCUUGACAGUGCCAUCCACAAGUCUAGCAGUUGGCGCCACUUCUGGUGCACCAACAGCCACAUCCGCUGAUGCAACAAUGCCAACAACAGCUGCAGCACCCGAUCCACAUUUCCUUGGAGCUCUUGGAUAUGACGAUUUAACGAUUACCCCAACCAAUAUGACAAUCAGUGAACUGAAAAUUCGGAAGUUGCAUAAAAAGUUUAAAAAGCCGAAAGAGGGAAAGAUAAAAAAAAAGAAAGACAAAAAGGAAAAAAUCCGCAACAAAUGUAAGGCGGAUGAUAUGGAUGUAUUAUCUAAUGAAAAGAUAAAAAGCGAAGAGAAAAAAUUAAGAAAGGAUAAGAAACGAAAAAAACAAUUGCCAACGGAUAGAUUGCAAAUAAUAAAAGAGAUCCGCGAAGCACGAGAAGGAAGCAGUGACAUACAAUUAAAAAAUAGUACUGCAGGUGCCAUGGGUCAUGCAGUAAUUGGAGGAGACGUCGAGACUUUAGCACCAUCGACAUUUGGUCACUCAAUACCGAUGAUCCCAAAUUCGAUAGCGUCACCCAACUUAGACCUUUCACCUAACCACAUACCAAGGUUAACACUGAAGCUUAGUGGAAGAUCAUCACCCUCACAACCCACAGUCGAAGGAAUGGAUUAUGAGCAUGAUGCGGUAGUAACUAAUACGAUAGCACACCCUCCUCAGACGGCAAUCACAUUGGCUAAAAGGGAGCAUUCGCCAGAAUUGGCUAGAUUCUCGCCACUUGUAACCCGUGCUCCGAAGCCAAAGCAAUGCGAAACCCAACAUUUGAAUUUACCUACGGCCCCGUCUGCUUCUGUUUCCUCGGUUAGUACCAAAACCCAGGCUAUUUCACCCAUGAUGUCAGCGGCGAUGCCACUAAUAAGUACCCAGUCGCCAGCUCUAUCUGCUGUAACUGGAACCACAGCAAACAAUUGGACUUCAAAUGCAGCCACAUCAACAAUAUCGGCUAGUUCAGUUCUAUUACCCCAACAAUUAAUGCAGCCAACAUCAUCGUUAUCAUUGUCAUUGUCGCCUAUAAAACAGAGCUCAAGACCUAGUGCUGCAUUGAAUGCAACGAAAGUAUCUGACGGCACGCCCACUCCAACAACAACACAGAGUGCAGAGCUAAGUCGUCCCUCGUCUUAUGUUGAUGCUGAUGGCUAUCGCAUCUGGAUUUGUCCGGCAUGUGGAAAAGUUGAUGAUGGCUCAGCCAUGAUUGGUUGCGAUGGAUGUGAUGCAUGGUAUCAUUGGACAUGCGUGGGCAUACUUGUGGCUCCAAACGAUAAUGAAGAUUGGUUUUGUCGUGUUUGCGUAUCUAAGAAAAAAGUGAGUGGCUCCGAAAAAAAGAAGAAGCGAAACAAAAAAAAAUUAAGUUCUUAAGAAGCAUC